CAGCAAACCAUGAGGAACGAGAAGAUGGGCAUACGCUGGCUGCACCGAUGAAAAGAUCCUAGAAGACUUGGAUUUCUCCAGUGAUGACUUGUGUCUGAUGUCACACAAACUUGAAGAUCUACAGGCGAAAGCUAACAAGUUGACAGAAGAGGCGAGGCAGCGAAGGAAGACGGAACUUCAAGUGAAUAUAGAGAAGAUAGAGAUGGUGAAGAUAUCCAACCAACAAAUGGCUCCAAUGACCAACAACGGGAGAAACUUACAGGAAGUAGCCUCCUUCACCUAUGUAGGCAGCACUGUUUCAACUACAGGCAACACAGGCACACAUGAGGACGUCAAAGUCAUGAUCGGAAAAGCAAGACAGGCGUUUAGUAGCCUGAAACAAGUGUGGAGAUCUUCUGCACUCAGCAUGUGGAACAAGAUCCGGAUUUUCAACACCAACGUCAAGUCAGUGUCGCAUUAUCUGACUAUUGAUUGUUUCAUUCCUAUGACAGAUUGAUCAAAAAUAUCCUGCGUUUGCAAGCAAUCUGUACGCAAGCGUGUCUAGCGUUUUUCACAGAACUGCCCUCAUCUGAUCUCC